GUCGUAAUGCAGUAGCGCGGGGAAUUUCGAGUGGCAGUGGAGCGCGGGAGGUCAGUGGGCAUUGGAACCCCCAGGAACAGCCAUGAGCUCCCUAAUCGAGCCUCGGUGGCCUCCGGGCCUGGAAGUCUUGAAGAGAGUAGAUGAUUUGCUGCGGUGUGGAAUUUGCUUUGAAUAUUUCAACAUUGCCAUGAUGAUUCCUCAGUGUUCACAUAACUACUGUUCUCUCUGUAUAAGAAAAUUUUUGUCCUAUAAAACACAAUGUCCAACUUGUUGUGUGACAGUCACAGAGCCAGACCUGAAAAAUAACCGCAUAUUAGAUGAACUGGUAAAAAGCUUGAAUUUUGCACGGAAUCGUUUGUUGCGGUUUGCCUUAGAGUCACCGCCCAUUUCUCCUGCUUCCUGCUCUUCAAAGAACCUUGCUGCCAAAGCACACACUCCUGUAGCCUUUAGACAUUCUUUAAAGCAAGGAAGCAGGUUGAUGGAGAAUUUCUUGGUUAGAGAAACUGGUGGUUCUACAUCAAAGUUGUUAAUAAACAAGAACGAAAGCAAGUUCAGCCCUCAAAAAGAGGUGAGCACUUCUGCCAAGACCAAAGAGACACCUUCCUUGGGAAAGGUAGCUUCAGGCAUUGCAGGCGCUAAUGUUCCUGAGGCACCCUCUACAUCGACUUUGAAACAAGUUACUAAAGUGGAUUGUCCUGUUUGCGGCGUUAAUAUUCUAGAAGAUCAUAUUAAUAAGCAUUUGGACAACUGUUUAUCACGUGAGGAGAAGAAGGAAAGCCUCAGAAGUUCUGUUCAGAAAAGGAAGCCAUUGCCCAAAACUGUGUAUAACUUGCUAUCAGAUCGCGAUUUAAAGAAAAAGCUAAAAGAACAUGGAUUAUCUAUUCAAGGAAAUAAGCAACAGCUCAUAAAAAGGCACCAAGAGUUUGUGCAUAUGUACAAUGCCCAGUGUGAUGCUUUGCAUCCUAAAUCAGCUGCUGAAAUAGUUCAAGAAAUCGAAAAUAUGGAGAAGACUAGGAUGCGUCUUGAAGCUAGUAAACUCAAUGAAAGCGUAAUGGUUUUUACAAAGGACCAAACAGAAAAGGAAAUAGAUGAAAUUCACAGUACAUAUCGUAAAAAACAUCAGAGUGAAUUUCAGCUUCUGGUGGAUCAGGCCAAAAAAGGAUAUAAGAAAACUGUUGAAAUGUCAAAAAAAAAAAUAACAAAAAAAGAAGAUGAAUCUACAGAAAAGCUAUUCUCUGUAUGCAUGGGACAGGAAGAUGAUAAAAUGAAAUUCUCAGAUAUGCCCUCGGUAAUAAACCACUUCUCUCAGUCAAAACUGGACUCCCCAGGGAAGUUCGAGCCUGAUAUGCCUGAUGAUUCUUCUAGUUGUACUGACAUUCAGGAGGAAGCUCUAUCUUCAUCAGAAUCAGAUUCAUGCAAUAGUUCCAGUUCAGACAUCAUAAGAGAUCUUCUGGAAGAAGAGGAAGCCUGGGAAGCAUCACAUAAAGAUGAUCUUCACGGCACAGAAGUAAGUCCAAGACAGAAUCGUCGCACACGAUCAGAAAGUGCUGAGAUGGAGCCAAGAAAUAAGCGGAAUAAGAAUUAGUGUG